AUGGAUAUCGAUAAUGAGGAGGAAGAAGGUGAUACCGAUUUUGAUCAUAAACAAAAAGUUGAUACUAAACAACAACAUGAUGAAAAUAAAAAAUAUCAAUGCCAGAUUAGAAACAAGAUCAAUUGUAACAAAAAUAAAAAAUAA